AUGUCCAAGUACACAAGCAUUGGCAUCGACCUGGGCACGACCUACUCGUGCGUGGGCGUGUGGCAGAACGAUCGGGUGGAGAUCAUCGCCAACGACCAGGGCAACCGCGUGACCCCGUCCUACGUGGCCUUCACCGACACCGAGCGCCUGAUCGGCGACGCGGCCAAGAACCAGGUCGCGAUGAACCCGCACAACACCGUGUUCGACGCCAAGCGCCUCAUCGGCCGCAACUACUCGGACCCGGUCGUCCAGGCCGACAUGAAGCACUGGCCCUUCAAGGUGGUCCAGAAGCCCGGCGACAAGCCCUUCAUCUCGGUCGAGUACAAGGGCGAGCGCAAGGAGUUCUCGCCCGAGGAGAUCUCGUCGAUGGUGCUCAUCAAGAUGAAGGAGACGGCCGAGGCCUACCUGGGCCACCCCGUCACCACCGCCGUCAUCACCGUCCCCGCCUACUUCAACGACUCUCAGCGCCAGGCCACCAAGGACGCCGGCACCAUCUCGGGCAUGCAGGUCAAGCGCAUCAUCAACGAGCCCACCGCCGCCGCCAUCGCGUACGGUCUCAACAAGAAGGCUCGCGGCGAGAUGAACGUGCUCAUCUUCGACCUGGGCGGCGGCACCUUCGACGUUUCGCUCCUGACCAUCGAGGAGGGCGUGUUCGAGGUCAAGGCCACCGCCGGCGACACCCACCUCGGCGGCGAGGACUUUGACAACCGCAUGGUCAACCACUUCGUCCAUGAGUUCAAGCGCAAGCACGGCAAGGACAUCUCGGGCAACGCGCGCGCAGUCCGUCGACUGCGCACGGCCUGCGAGCGGGCCAAGCGCGCCCUGUCGUCGGCGACCCAGGCCAGCAUCGAGAUCGACUCGCUCUACGAGGGCGUCGACUUCUACACUUCGAUCACCCGCGCCCGCUUCGAGGAGCUCUGCGCCGACCUAUUCCGCGCGACCAUGGACCCCGUCGAGAAGGUGCUGCGCGACGCCAAGAUGGACAAGCGCGCCGUGAGCGAGGUGGUGCUGGUCGGCGGCUCGACCCGCAUUCCCAAGAUUCAGCAGCUCGUCACCCAGUUCUUCAACGGCAAGGAGCCCUGCAAGUCGAUCAACCCCGACGAGGCUGUCGCCUACGGCGCCGCGGUGCAGGCCGCCAUCCUGGACGGCGUGGCCACAGAGGGCUCUGUGCUCAACGACAUGGUGCUGAUCGACGUGGCCCCGCUCACCCUGGGCAUCGAGACCGCCGGCGGUGUCUUCUCGACCUACGAAGACAACCAGCCGGGCGUGCUGAUCCAGGUCUACGAGGGCGAGCGGGCCAUGACCCGCGACAACAACCUGCUGGGCAAGUUCGAGCUGUCGGGCAUCCCGCCCGCUCCGCGCGGCGUUCCGCAGGUCGAGGUCACGUUCGACAUCGACGCCAACGGCAUCUUGAACGUUUCCGCAGCGGACAAGACGACCGGCAAGUCGGAGAAGAUCACCAUUCGCAACGACAAGGGCCGGCUGUCGAAGGAGGAGAUCGACCGCAUGGUGAAGGAGGCCGAGCGCUACAAGGCCGACGACGAGCGCGCCAAGGAGAAGGUCGAGGCCAAGAACGCCCUGGAGAACUACGCCUACACGAUGCGCAACACGAUGCGCGACGACAACGUGGCCUCGAAGCUGGCGCCCGAGGACAAGUCCAAGAUCGAGCACGCCACCGACGACACCAUCAAGUGGCUCGAGGCCAACCAGACCGCCGAGAAGGACGAGCUCGACUACAAGAAGAAGGAGCUCGAGGACGUAUGUACCAGCAGUGCCGGCGGCAUGCCCGACAUGGGCGGCAUGGGCGGUGCUCCCGGGGCUCGUUCGGCCGGGUCGGGUGCCGGCCCCAAGAUCGAGGAGGUGGACUAG